AUGGAAAUUCACCAAAAUGGUUUCGAUUUUAAUCAAUUCUUACCAUUUCCUAAUUUCGAAGAUAUUUCAGAUCGCGAAAAUAAUUUAGUUAACUGUAUUGUUGAUGACAAUAAUUUAUUAUGGAAUGAUCUUAAUAGUGAUCAACUUUUAGCUGCCGAUACUAUUUUAAAAUCAUUAGCUGAUUUGAACUCGCAGAAAUGUUUUUAUUUAGAUGGUCCCGAUGGAAGCGGGAAAAGCUUUUUGUAUCGUGCACUAAUUCAAAAAGUUAAUCUCAUCGGUAAAAAGCGUUAA